AUGAGGCAACCUUCUGCAAUCUACCAUGUGCACAGAAAAACAUCAACACCCAACAACAUCCCUGGCGUUUCUCCAAAAUCCAUCCCCUUUUACACAAGCGCCCUCCCUCCCCUUCAGAGCCGGACGCAGAGGAAUUUACCUCAGCCACCCCUGGCCGUCUGCCCUGCUCAGCAGACUAAACAACAGAGAGAGGACAGAAGCGGGAACAGCUGCAAACCUGGUCUCGCAUCGCCGCUUGCAGCUCGACGCUGCCAACAACGCCGGACCUGUACUGAGGAAUAUUCCUUUAAAUGCAGUAAAGAGGACACAUGCUGCAGAGCAUCUGCUUUGGAUGUCUCAGUAAGCACCUCAGAGACGCGGCGGACUAACGCUACAACAGUCCAGGACGCCGGCAUCACAGACCCCGGGGACACUUCACAGACUACGACACAGCUCAUCACGAUUCAGCAAAAAACACAAAGAGAUGUCCCAAACAACACCGAGACAAGCACUUCGCAGUCUACCCGGCUGCCCCAGACGACUGAACUGAAAAUAAUGUCCACUGCCGACCCUAGCGAAACGUUUCCAGCAGAAGCAAACAGCACAGCCUAUAUCACAGAUCUGGGACACAGAGGACAAGACACGGCAACCAAUCCAGGGCUGGUGGCAGUGCUGUGUAUUUUCUGCAUUGUGGUGGCUGUAGUCGCCGUGGUUGUGAUAGUGAAGGCUGCUCGCUCCAGAAAGCCACAGUUUGAGCGGCUCGAUGACGUACCAAUGGGCAAGGUAAAUGAGGAUGCACCAUUCGCCCGCUACCCUCCAAAAUAAAUUGCAGUCUCAGUGAACUACAGAUCUAUGCCUCUGAUAUAUUGCUUUUUUUUUUUUUUUUUGUCUGUUUGUUUUGUAAUUAAAUGUGUCUGUUUAGAACAUAAACUUGAAGUGCAAUACCUAGUGUAUUAGUUAGAGAACAUGGUAAUGUUGUAACUUAUUUUUUCCCCCUCACAAUAGCGCAAACAGUGUCAAAUCUACAGUCAAAUGUAAAUGAGGAUAAAUGAACUGGAGGCCACUUUUGUCAUGAUUUGCACUGUCAAUAUUGUUGGAAACUAUAACGGGGUUGUGGCAUUUGUAGCUUGUCCUCCAGAUGGCGACAAAAUUAUUUGCAAGCAGUGAACAAUUCUACAGCUGUACUGUAAACCAACCUAAAUUAUGCAAUAAAUCACCGUAAAAUAGUAA